AUGGCGAAGGAGAAGCCCGAGCGCGCAGCCGUAGUUGCUGCUAUUGCCCAACGACAUUUUCCCCCGGCUCUUAAGUACCCUGAGAGACAGAAGGACUCGUUACUAUCGACGUGGUUUGCGUAUCCUACUCUCACGUGGGCCCCAGAGUGUCUAACGCCUACUCGAAAGCCUAAAUGCAUUGUUCAAGAGUGUCCCUGUGAACCGAAAGUCAAGGAGUACAUGCAGCGUACUGUAGAGGACGUGGAGCACAAAACGUAUUGUAUUAUGCAAGAAUUGUUUGACAUUAUAUUUGACAGUAUGCUGACGACGAAGGGUAUUGCAGGUGCAGUAAGUAACAUUAACCGGCGUCGGCAAAAGCGGUACUAUCGUUUAUUGGCAUCUGCAGGCGUGGCAGUGGAGAUACGUCGCGUAGUGGAGGCCGCGUAUGCACCACCUCUUCCACCAACAGAAGAGCAGUAUAUGGAUAAGAACGCGUGUAUGGACUCUGAAACGCUAAGAGAUAUUUGGCUAACUCAAACUAACAUUUACAUCACCCUCUGUGAGGCCCAAAUGGCCGAUACAGUAUGGAAUUGUGCCAUUAAACUUGAUCACUUGCAGAAGUUUUGCAGCAAGUUAAAGGUUCACGGCGCUGAUGACAGCAAAAUUCAACCUGGUACUAGUUCAAAAUGA